AUGAACAACUUUUUCACCGUCAAGUCUACCGGGAAGAAGUCUAGCGGUAAACAGCGUGCGGUAGACGACGCGAACUUGCAGCCUUGGGUCGAGAAAUAUCGGCCGAAGACGGUGGAUGAUGUUUCGGCGCAGGAACAUGUUGUCGCUGUACUCUCCAAGACGUUACAGUCAACAAAUUUGCCACACAUGCUCUUCUACGGCCCACCCGGCACAGGCAAAACAUCCACAAUCCUCGCCCUCGCACGCCAACUUUUCGGCCCGGACAACUUCCGCAACCGCGUCCUCGAGCUCAACGCCUCCGACGAACGCGGCAUCUCCAUCGUCCGCGAGAAGAUCAAAAACUUCGCCCGCCAAACUCCCCGCGCACAAGUCUCGGUGUCGUCAGAUGGCAAGACGUACCCGUGUCCGCCGUACAAGAUUAUCAUAUUGGAUGAGGCGGACAGUAUGACGCAGGAUGCGCAGGCGGCGUUGAGGCGGAUUAUGGAGAACCAUGCGAGGAUUACGAGGUUCUGUUUGGUUUGCAAUUACGUUACGCGAAUCAUCGAACCCCUCGCAUCCCGCUGCUCCAAAUUCCGCUUCAAACCUCUCGACCCAACAUCCACCCUCGCCCGCCUCCAACACAUCUCCUCAACAGAAAACGUCCCCGCCUCGCCCGCCGUCCUCGAAACCCUAAUCUCAGCCUCAUCCGGCGACCUCCGCCGCGCCAUCACCUAUCUCCAAUCCGCCGCGCGCCUCCACGCAGCGGGAGGCGCAAACGCCGUAGAGAUCACGCCGGAAGACGUGCAGGAGAUCGCGGGCGUCGUGCCGGAUAGGGUCGUGAAGGACUUUGCGAGGUGUCUUGGGGUGGAUGUGCAGGGGGAUGGGACGGAGGGGGAUAUGGAUGUUGAUAUGGAUGGAGUGGGCGGGAAGAGGAAGGGGUUCGAUGCGGUGCGGGGGAAGGUCAAGGAGUUGAUGAUGGAGGGUUUCUCUGCUUCGCAGUUGCUCUCUCAGCUACACGACGUGAUUGUCCUACAUCCAACACUCACGGCGCGACAGAAGAGUAAAUGUGCGUUGGCGAUGGCCGAAGCGGAUAAGGCUCUAGUUGACGGCGCGGAUGAGGAACUCUGGAUCUUGGAGGUCGCGUUGAGAGUGAGCAAGGCUGUUGCGACGUAG